AGAAUUGUGUGAAGUCGGCACCCGAACAAAGUGAGUUCUGUCUAGAUUCUGACUUCAGUAAAAGGCAAAUUGCAUUUCGAACAUUAAGUUAAAUACAAAAAGCAUUCAAAUUACCUUGUGAAAAAAAAACUUUUUGAAUCCAGUAGUUCUCAAACUGAUAAUUGUCCUUUAAAUAAAUCAGUGUAAAACUAAGGGCUUGUUAUUUACUUCAAACCAACAGUUUGCAUGUGACUAAUCAUACCCCGUGACCAUAACAAUACCACUGCAUUCUAAUUCAACAAAUCAAUUUAAAAGACAGGGGUUCAUACAUGCAGGGAAGUACAAAUCAGUUUGCACUGAUGCGAUAAUAACAAUGCCAGGUCUACAGGCUUAUAUAAUAACGUGUACACACAGUAUGCAUGUUAGGUGCUGUAGUUCAAUGCAUCUGUAAACUGUUUCUAUCAGCUCCUGUCCACCACACUGCAGACAUAAUGUACUAAAGAAAUGAAAUCCACGACUUCUUUUAAAUCCAAACUGAAUGAGUGAAAUGCGAUCAUAACAGGAACGUGCAAGAGCAAUACGCGAGGGUUUAUAUCAGAACUUGGCAAAGACAACGGGGCGUACUGCAUUACACACGUAGCACUACAUCACUGCGAUCCUUUCAGUCUCCUCAGUAUUAGCAAGCUGCCGAGUGACUGGAGGAAACUGUCUGAAGCAGAUGCCAGGCUGUAAUUUUCUUACACAAUAUCAAAACUACGAGAGGUUAAAGUGAAAGAAAUCAAAAAAGCUGAACGGAUACAACAUUCACACCCCCAGAAUAAACUAAAUACUCACAGUCCCAUUUAGCAGAAGUACAGUAAACCACAACAACUCAACAACUGCAUUUAUUUCUUCACUCUGAUAUACUUGUGUGAUCUCUGGGGACAUACUGAAAGGAAGCAGAGUGAUUAGUCACUUACUUACACACACACACACACACACGUGCUCCCAGGAGUUUGUGAUCGCACAGUAGGAUGGCUUUUCCUUGUAUCCUUCUUUGUAACCCCAAUAAUAUCCUUUCCAGUGGGCACUAUCUAUCUUCGAGUGAAAAGUUUGUUUCAUAGCUAAAAUUAGAAUGUAAUAUAACCACAUGAUACACUGGAGUUAAAUGUGGAAGUGAUUUUCCCCCAGUUAGUUAAGAGUCGGUGACUUGUGAUGGCUUAAAGUCCAGUUAUUGCCAAACACACAACCGUUUUUUUUUUGUUACAAUAUAACAAGCAUACCACACUGUAGUUGGUUAAUGUGUAAAUAAUAACAAUGAAUUAUAGACUGCUUUCUUGUGAAAACUGCUGCGUUUUUUGUUUUGUUUUGUUAACCCCAUUUGAUGUCUCUUUUCCAAUUAUGUUGCACUUCUCUGGUUGAGUUUUGUUCUAUUUUUUCUUCUACUGCAAAGCUGGCCAUGCCCACACACAUUAUUAGAGCGUCUUAUUGUUCAGCUUGGGACUAACUCUCAUCUGAAACUCUUUCCUCAAUCACUUGCAGCCUGACUCCCAUUCAGUACUUCAGCAUUUGAACCCAUCCGUUUUUACUGAGAUCUUCACUCACCCGAGCUGAUCCAAGCUGCUCAAUCAGCUCACCUUGAUCAAGGGAAUGAAUGAAGCUCACAUCUGCUCACACUACACAUUACUGCAGUGUGUGUGUUCUCCUAACACUGCAGUAAUGGAACACACAUCCCAGAUCAUCAUUCAAACCAGCACAGUGAUCACAGCAUGGAACAGCCUGCCUUCCCCACACUGGCACUGCUGCCUCCUCUGAGAUCCCGAAUUAGCCACCUGGACACGCCUUUCCGCUUGAAUGGCUUUGCAGAGAACGUUUCUUACACCUGUUCCAGGGCAGAGUGUCUUGUGUUAUUCCCGAGGGCUGGUUUUACCCUGUUUGUACCGAGUACCCAGAAAUAAUACCCCUAGUCAUGUUUAAUAGCAAAGAACAGCACAGGAAUCCUGCAAGCAGCUGACCCAAAUCCAAGCCAAGGCUAGAGUUGUGUGUUUGUUUAUAUAAUUUACUAUAACAAUCUCAAAAAGGGUUAAAAACUAGCACAGCGGGUCCGCCGCUCCCCAAAAAAAAAAAAAAAAAGAAAGGGGGGGAGGGGCUGUAUCACGACUUUGAAUGUCAAUACUAAAGGGAGGGGCUAGUUUAGCUAGCUGGCCAAGUAUAGAAGAAAAAAAAAAAUAAUAACGUGUACUCCCGCCUGAGGAUUAAAAACAAGUGCACGGCUUUUCUGAAAAAGCACCACGCUGGGUCUGUGUUCUCUCUUUAGAGAAACAAGUGUAAAAACAUCACGAAAUAAAUAAAUAAAUAGUGGUCCGCUUGUUUUCAGUGCUACUGCACUUUGGUUACUGCUGACUGCAAUCACCAUCCCUGAAUUGGACGCUGUUAUUCGAACACGCAGGGCGGGCAGAACCGGUGGCCCGGGACUGACCCCCAUCAGGAAGGUCGCUAUGUGGAGCUGCGUGAGCUCCAACGAGACAGACGACAGCUCGGACCAGCGGCUCUGCCAAGACUUGGGCCUCAUCCUGUCCCUCUCCUCGCUCUUCUACCUCAUUGUCUGUUUCCCUGUCAGCCUGUGCUACAACGCCCUGCUGGUGACCGUCAACCUCUGCAACAAGGUGUCGAUGACCAUGCCAGACGUCUACUUCGUGAACAUCGCCAUCGCCGGACUCGUGCUCAACAUGGUAGCACCGGUGCAGCUGCUGGGCCCGGGCUACACCCACUGGGCCACAUGGGACUUCAACAACGAGGUGUACAUCACCCUGCUCAUUCUGUUCAACAUUUCCUCUCUGGUGAUCAUGUACUCCACCACACUGCUGAGCCUGGACUACUACAUCGAGCGCGCCCUGCCCAGGACCUACAUGUCCAGCGUCUACAACACCAAGCAUGUCUGUGGGUUCAUCUGGGGUGGGGCGGUGCUCACCAGCUUCUCGUCCCUCCUGUUUUACAUCUGCAACCACGUGUCCACCAAGAUCAUCGAGUGCUCCAAGAUGCAAAACAAAGAGGCGGCGGACGCCAUCAUGAUGUUCAUCGGGUACGUCGUGCCCGCUGUAGCGGUGUUCUAUGCUUUGGUGUUGAUACUGAGGAUCCAGAAAGAGUCAACGCCCCUCGAUCAGGACUCUGGGAGGCUGGACCCUUCAGUGCACAGGCUGCUGCUGGUCUCCGUCGGUGUGCAGUUCACUCUGUGGACUCCUUACUAUGCAACGCUUUUGGUGCACACGCUUUCCGGGAUUCAAGGAGGGCACCUUCACGGACAGCACUUGAGAACGUACUACUUCGUUCGGGCUUUGUCCAAACUGUUGGCUUUCUCAAGCAGCUUCGCCAUGCCUCUGAUGUACAGGCACAUGAACAAGAGCUUCUCGCAGAAGCUGCGACGGCUCCUGAACCAGCUGCACUGUGGGAAGCAGGGCUGCUCCCAGGAGAGAUCUGCAGAGCAGCAGGUGGUGAGCUGAAGAGCCAGGAGCUGUGCUGUGCAAGUACACUUAAACAUACAAAACUAAAACGGAAGUCUAUGCAGGAAUAGCCAGAGUCAGAGAUGCAUACCAAUCUCCAGAAAAUCAUGGUAAAUCUUUAGUAAAUAAAUAAAUAAAUAUAUAAAACAAGCCACAAGCUUGCUUGUAAUAUACCGGCAACGUGUGGUAUGUACCAUCACUCCGUGAGGCAUUUCAAAGGUUGAAUUUUUCUUCGAGUAAGCCACUUGCAAGAAACUACUAAGUAUUGUUUUAGCUUUCAAGGUGAGCGAGAGUGAGAGAGAUCAGGCAGGAUUCAGCACUGCAAGGCGGACGCCACUCUGAGUGCAAUAAGUGUCUGCAGACCCCAGUUUUUACAAUGCACAUGUCCCACAUGUUUCCUAUAGAUCCUGACUCAGUAAAUCAAAGCUCGAUGGUUUUCCUUAACGUGCAAAGCAAAAUGCCAAACCAGUUUGAUAGAGCACUGACAAUGAGUGCGUGGGCCAAAACUGACUGCCAAGGGGGGAAUUUAUUAGCAGGCAUUCUGGGAAGAACAUUAAAACAAAACAAAAAAAAAACUGAAAAGAGAGAAAGUGUACUGGACACUCUUUGUAGCGCAGAUAAGGCGUUUAAGUUUCCUGGGAUAAUGUAACAGUUUGCACAACAAUCCCACCUCAAAUCGUGUUUCUAGAUGGCUGUUUGGCUCCCUUUCCUGCCUUUGCAGUGUGGGCAUUCUGUUCUGUUUGUGCUGCUAAGAAGCAGCAGUAAAAGUCAACCAGAAACUGAAGUCACCCACACAAAAACAUGUUGGCUUGUGCCUUCAUCAGCUUAAACCAGUGGAACUCAGGAAUGAAGGCAACCCCUUUCAUGAUCAUUCAAAUUCUUAUUAUUUAUUUCAUUAAAGAUCAGAACAGGUAAUGUCUUGUUCUUCCUGUCUCUUUGCCACUGUGUGUAUAAAUACGCGCUGGCCCCUUGUAUCUCUGUCUGAAUAGCAAAACAAAGCCAGCACAUUGAAUUAACCAUCUUUGAUCCACUGCACCACUGAAGAUAAGAAUGCUUUCAUGUAUGUAUGUAUAUUAUAAAUGAGCCAAUAAAGUAAAACGUUUUACUUGUAUAUUAAAAAGUACUGUACAAUUGAAGUGUCUCUCUUUAAAACAAGUCUAGAAUUUAUAAAGGUAUACAUUUAUAAACUCUUUAAUGUAAAACGUCAUUCCAAGAUGUGAAGGCUACUGUAUAUAUAAAAUGUGUAUAUACUGUCUGUUGAGACACUCGCCAGAAAGAACGUGCCCUUGAAAUACAGUAUUUUUUCUCACAGAGCUAUUAUUUAGUUGCUUUUGUGUUGAUUACCCACUCCUUAUAUUGAGCAGCAGACUGUUAAACCAAUAAACUAAUGGUAAUAUUUCA